AUGUAUCACAGUGUGGCCAUCAAAACCGGUCUGGAGCUGGAGCUGCUUAUUCAGAGCUUUCUCAUUUUUAUGUCCCAGUCCGGCCUGGCUCAGGAGACAGAUGCAGAGAAGAGGUACAUCGUCCAGGAGGCCAGCACCCUGUUCAGGCAAAACAUGGAUGUGCGUAUGCAAAACAUAAAGAUACUUACUGAACACCGAAAUGUAUGCCAGUUAAAUAAGGACUGGCUCAGCGAGAAUGGAAAUACCCAGAGGGCAAUGAACAGUGACACUACAAAUUCCCAUAAAACCGGAUGCCCGUCGAAAACUGGACAGUUGGCAACCCUACCCACAGGCCUUGCCACCCAGGGCGGACGCAAACUGCACGGUCAAGAAAGCCUGAGGAAGCAAGCAAAGCCUGUCUACUUACACUCCCACGACGAAACAUCAUGACCUUUUCAAGGCAGACGUGAAUAGAUACUGUUCUUGGAACUUCUAUGCAGGUAGGGAAUGUGGAUGUUUGCAGAACAUGAUCGAUACAUUUACAAGUGGGAGGUUUGAAUUUGUUUUUCCAAACCUCUGGGUUAAAGCAUAACAUUAGGCUGUACUACCCUUGCCUAUGUUUUGCCCAUGUUAACUGUUAACAUGUUUUCCAUAAUGCAAUUCCAUUUGUAAAGAUGUGUUUAGGAAACAAAUAUCUGUACAGUGGAUCUUUCAAGUAGCCUAUGCAUGUACCCACUGAGCAGCAACAGGGCUUUUAAUGCUUGUUCAACCCAUAUCCUUUCUCUGAAAGUGUAAUAUUUUAAAGAAUUUUUCGUUUCAGUUGAAUCCGGGGUGAAAUGAAUGUCAUCAUUAAAUAAACCAAUCGAACUGACAGAUGUAUAGAUUUUUUAGUUCCACUUCACCUUCUGAUCGCUUACUGCAAUAGCUGUGAAUGAAUUUUUUGGCACUAUACACCUGUGCUUUUUACUUUUACCUUUUACCUUAAUAAUGUGGUGAACCAGCGUAUAUUGGUGAACGAAAGAUGCAUAAACAUUUUAAAUACACAAUGAACUUAAUAUAUUUAUUUUUCAGUAUUACAAAGCUAUGGUUCACUGUCAAAAGUGCAGUAAACAUUUGAUCUUUGCAUCAAAAGCUUGAAAGGGUUUAAAAUAUUCAACUAUAAAUACCAACCUUAAUAAAAUUAAGUGCACUGAUGAAAAUACAAACCAUGGAAUUAUUGAUUUCCAUUAAGUCAUUGAUUUUAAUUUAAAAUAGAAGAUCUCAAAGGGAAGCCAGCAAGCUUCUUAUUUUUAUUUCUUAUAAAUGGGAUUGUAGUGCUUAGUUUUGCACUACCUGCCUUAUUCUGCGUUGUAUAGCCAAGACAUUUUAAUGUACUUGGCUUCCCAUUUUCGACCCACUUAGUUGGAUUGUAAUAAAAAAGCUGAUUAGCACUGAUCUUGGACUAAGGUAACAGGUGGCCGCAUACAGUAACUGCAAUAGGUAUUCUCAGUAUGUAUCUAUAGCACUGUAUAAAAUACAAAAAUACUUCAGGUUUUAUAAUGGCAGCAGUGUGGAGUAGUGGUUAGGGCUCUGGACUCUUGACCGGAGGGUUGUGGGUUUAAUCCCCGGUGGGGGACACUGCAGCUGUAACCUUGAGCAAAGUACUUUACCUAGAUUGCUCCAGUAAAAACCCAACUGUAUAAAUGGUAAUUGUAUGUAAAAAUAAUGUGAUAUCUUGUAACAAUUGUAAGUCGCCCUGGUGUCUGCUAAGAAAUAAAUAAUGAUAAAUAUUUCAUCCUCAAAUAGCUAUUUAUUUGGGGUUAUACAACAAUCUUUGUU